AGUGUCAAAUUACUCAUCCAUGUGUCAAACGUUUUAAUGGGAUUGUUGGGUAGUAAAAUUUCACGCUCAUCAAAAAUGGCCAACUCUGCAGAGAUUCAACAAUUUAUUAAGGACGCUAUUUCUCAAGAAAAAGUGGUUGUGUUCUCGAAAUCAUAUUGCCCUUACUGCAAGCUAGCUAAGGAUGUCUUCGGAAAAGUUAAACAACCGAUAAAAGUGUACGAGUUAGACGAGCGUGAUGAUGGACAAGCCAUUCAGGAUAGUCUAGCACAAAUCUCUGGAUUCAGAACUGUUCCACAAGUGUUUAUAAACGGUACCUGUGUGGGUGGUGGAUCGGAUGUCAAGAAAUUGUAUGACUCUGGAAAGUUAGAGCCCAUGCUUAUUGGAUAAUUUUGAAAUAUAGGAAAUUAUUAUUAUAUUUGUAACAUUGCGAAAUAAUAGUACAUGAAUGUCACAUUAGACAAAUUUGUUGUAUACACCACUACUUUUUAAUUGCCAUAAAAAUUGUAAUGCGAAUACAGGAAAAUGCUAUUAUUUUUGAAUGUGCAAUCAGAUGUUUUUUACUUUAACAAAGUUAUUAAAGUUUUGUUUUUGAAAAUAUGAAAAUAUGUGUGGGCAUACUAAACUUACGCUACGCGUUACCGCCUUAUCUACUACGCUAAUAAUAUUUUGACCUAUUAUUUUUAAUAAUUAUAGCAAUUUUUUGUCAAUAUUUUAGAACCCUCAAUUUUUUUGAAUUGCAUAGAUUUUUGUAGUAAUUAAAAAUUGGUGACGUAUUUAUAAGAUUGCGUUAGUACCUACAUUUAGUGCAUUACCGUCACAAUAGAUAAACUUGUUGUAUAUACUCGAAUGUAAAACUAACUGUAAACUGUAAAAUGUACAAAGUUUGCUUAUUUUUUACAGAAAAUAUUUGAGAAAACUAUCUGUGUUACUUAAUUUUUCUAAUAUGUUUUCAUUUAUUUACCAUUGAAAAUGGUGUUGAUUCUGUAAUAUAAGUAUUUAUUUAUUUUUCUGUACUUGCAUCUCUAUUUUUACUUUGCAACUUUUUGUAAUAAAGUCUAUUUUAAAAUGUU